CGGCAAUGAUGAAAAAAUGACACUGGUAUCUCUGAUGCCCAUUGAUCUUUGUAUUGGACUUUAGGCUGACAAUAUCAUGGACAUUCUACUACGCGAAAGCCUCUUUGGCCGCAUUCUGAACUCCCUUACAAACGACAGGAUACUUCCAUAUCCCAAAAUUUUGACUUUGGGGGAAGCUACUGUUUGCGGCCCAUGCUUAGAUCUAAGAGAGCCAACAGCCCUCGAUUUCACAGGACCCGAUGAUCCGGCAAUCCCAAGGAACUGGCCAUCGCUGACGAAGUCAUUCGUCAUGGCAGAUGUCAUGUUCCUCAACUUCAGCUUCUACGCGGCAUCGGCCAUCUUCACUCCCAGCAUUCCACUGAUUGAGGAGAAAUUCGGCGCCAGCACCAUUGAAGGCACUCUUGGACUGUCACUCUUUGUCAUUGCAUAUGGCAUUGGUCCUCUGAUGCUUUCUCCCCUAUCAAACCUCCCAUCCAUUGGACGCACGCCUGUUUACGUCCUCGGAUCCCUUGCAUUCUGCCUGGUGAACAUCGGUACGGCACUUGCGAAGAAUAUCACUACGAUUUUGAUACUUCGUUUUAUCGGUGGCUUUGUUGGAAGUGCGCCUAUCAGUGUUGGAGGCGCAACUUUGAUGGAGGUAUAUGGACCCACUGCAUUUCCGUAUGCGAUCGCCUUCUAUGCAGUCAGCGGAGUCUGUGGACCAAUACUGGGACCUAUCUUUGGAACCUUGGUAGUCACGCGUUGGAACACCUGGACGGCAACCCUGUGGCUACUGGCUGGAAUCACAGCAUUCACCACCGUCUUCACAUUCUUCUUCCUGCCAGAAACGUUGUCCCUCAACAUUCUACAUCGACGAGCACGGCGUCAUCAAGUUCAAUGCGACAAGCCCAAUGAUCGAUACCAAGCUGAGACGCAUUCAAAGGGGCCCAAUUUCUUCCUGGAUAUUGUAUACCAGACGAUUGAUGACUUCAAACUGUCCUGUAUGGACCCGGUCAUUCUGUUGGUCAACAUACACACGAUGCUUAUCUACGGCGUACUCUACUUGUGGUUCGAAUUCUUCCCAUUUGUGUUUGGGGAGAUUUACCACUUCAGCCCUAUCCAGCAAGCGCUCGCCUUCUUUGGGAUCCUCACUGGCGCAGUGAUUUCAGUCGCAGUGUAUCUCCUCUGGCUUUACUUCUACUACCAACCGCAUGCAGCAGACUCAGAGGUCGUCGUAGAGCCCGAGGACCGUCUGCAACCGGGACAGAUCGGGGCAGUUUGCAUUCCAAUUUGCCUCUUCAUCUUUGCCUGGACGUCUCGAGAAAGUGUCCACUGGAUUGUGCCUAUCUUUGGAACCGCCUUCUUCGCCCCAGGGUUCUACCUCACCUUCCAGUCGGUCCUGAAUUAUCUUGGCGAGUCAUAUCCGAGACACGUGGCAAGUGUUUUUGCCGGAAACACAUUCUUUCGGAGCUCUUUUGGAGGAGCGUUGCCCCUCGCUGCUCCUCAGAUGAUCAGGUCUCUGGGUAUCGGAUGGGCGUCGAGCACUUUGGGCUUCAUCUCGCUUGUCCUAGUUCCUCUUCCAUUUGUUUUGGAGCGGUACGGCAAGAGACUACGUUCCUGGAGCAAAUACGCAAACUAAAGAAAGCUGUCAGCGACAAGGUUAAAAUUGCAAGGCUACAAUUGACAUCGAUGAAUCUCCAAACUCCAUGUUGUCAAUAUAGAGAUUACUUAGAUAUACUACUCUUAUAUAAAUAAAAAUUAGUUGAC